AUGUUCAACAUAACACGUUAUGCUACAUCUCUUGGAGGAUUGCGUCAGAUUUCAACAGUACGAAAAGAGUUUCUUAAGAGAAUUGUUGUGGAUGACGAACUAAUAAUUGCUAAAGGUAUACCAAGUGAACAGACGUUUGGUAAAUUAGUUAGAGAUGGUGAUUCUGAAAAUGUGACUGUUAUAACUAAGGAAGAAAGUAUGAAUGGUUCAAUAAAGUCGCCAUAUAGGAAUUCAUCUGGCACCUUGAUAUCUGGAAGCAAUGCAAAAGAAGCUAGAUUGCAACCUGAAACCUUAUUAGGGAAAGCAUUUCCAGAGCAAAUAAAAUUGAAUAGUAUUAUUGAAAAAACAAUCAGAGAUAAUAUUCUAUCUUUACACAUACCUGCUAAUUUGAGACGUGUUGCCGCCAACUACUUCAUCGAAUUGAAGAAAACCAGUUUACAUAGACCAGCUAAGACAAUCUUGGAGGUUGAUGCGCAUAUUGCAUCUAUAUUCGUUCAAAAUUAUGCUUCGAUUUAUCAAUGUUUGACAGAGCUUCAACAAAGAGUAGGUAAGAAACACUUCAGUCCUAAUAGAGUAUUGGAUGUAGGCUUCGGACCAGCUACAGGUAUAGUUGCAUUAAAUGACUUGCUAGGACAAGAUUAUAGGCCUGAACUAAAAGAGGCAGUGAUAAUAGGCGAGCGUGAGAUGCAGAAUAGAGCAAAAAUAAUAUUAAGCAGACAAUUAAACGAAGUGCCUAUUACCAAGGAAGGUUCUGUGUCAUCUAGCAAUAAAAUGGACUCAGUUGGUAAAUCUGAUGACAUAUCAGACGAGAAAGAUAUGGUUGGGGAGGUAAUGACAGAUAAAAUAAAUAUUGUAACUAGAAUUAAAGAUUCUAUCCCAGGUUCUAAGCAAUAUGAUUUAAUAAUCCUAACCCAUCAGUUAUUGAAGAGUGAACAACAUUUUCCAGUUCAGAUCGAUCAUAAUAUUGAACACUAUUUAAACUUAUUAGCACCAGGUGGUCAUAUUAUUAUCGUCGAGAGAGGCAAUCCGUUGGGAUUUGAAUCUAUAGCUAGAGCAAGGCAAGUGAUAAUUAGACCUGAAAAUUAUCUCGAUGAAUAUGGGAAAAUCCCAAGACCAUGGCUCAGAGGGUCUAGUAAUAAAAUUAACAGAAUUAAUUUGUUAUCUGUAAAUAGAGAAACUGAGGCUGCCUUAGAUGAAGAGUUGCAAUUUGAGCCUGAAAUUUUAGAUGCAAUUGAGAAAAUGAAUAAGAAAGAAGUUGACCUUAAGGAUAUUGAUUAUCACGUAUCGAUUCUAGCACCUUAUCCUCACCACAGAAAGUGUCCACUUCAGACAGGUAAACCUACUUAUUAUUCAUUUAAAGAAGGAAAACGUUUGAAGUUCUUAAAUUUUCAGAAGGCAAUAGAAAGACCAAAAUUUGGUAUAGAACUGAAGAAGGGCAAAAUAUUAGCUGCUCCUUGGGAAAACCCUACUGCAGGUAUUGGGUUACCAGGCAUAGCUAAAGGUGGCUCAGGUAGAGCUAAUGGAAGGAGUUUCGAAGUUGCAAAUUAUUCUUACAUGAUUAUAGAAAGAUCUUUAAAUGAUAAGGAAACAAUAAAUAAAAUCAAUCAGCUAAGAGAGAAGCAUAACACAGCUGAAAUGAAAGAAAAAUAUCAAGUAGGUUCUACUGGAAAUGGGACACCAAAUGAGUGGCCAAGAAUAAUAUCACCACCUUCAAAAGUCAAAGGCCAUGUUACUUUUGAUGUCUUUGGCCCAUCAGGGGAGAUUGAGAAGUGGACGAUACCUAAAUCAUUUUCCAAAGAAGUUUAUCAUGAUGCAAGGAAGGCCAUGAAAGGCGAUUUAUGGGCAUUGGAUGCUAAAACAAAGAUAAAAAGCAUGAACACUUUUAAUGUCAGUAAAUUUGAAGCUUUGGAGAAAUCAAGAAUCAAGGAAUUGAAGAAGGAAAAGAAGAUGAGAGAACGUGAAUUAAUUGAAACACAAAAUACAAUCUCAGAACCAGAUGAGUUUAGUAGUGAUCCACAUGGAUUAUUCAUUAAUAAUGAUGUCAACACAAUCCGGAAAUUAUCAGAGAUAUAUGAUCAUAAUUUUAGUAAGUCAAAUAAAGAGAAAAGGAAAAAACGAUAUUAA